UGGAUGUUACGGCAUAUUCUUUCGUAAUCGACACCGUAAUUAUUAUUGUGGUGAGUGAUAGCGGCGUCUCUAAAUUUCAGCCUGUUUGUUUUUCUCUCAUUCAAUGGAAACGAGAUCUUCAUCUGACAGUCGCUUUCUUCUUUUAUCCUGAAUUUGCAGACCGUCUCACCUGGAUGAGGCUGUAGUCAUUUUGCAACACCUGAUCCAUCUUGUUGAGAAUGGGAAGUGCGGAGAGAAUACGGCACUGAACGCGCUUUUCCCGAGUUCUUCCAAACCCGAACGCGUCUGCGCUGUUUGUACUGUGAUUGCCCAGAAGCUGUCCGCUUUCCGGACCGUGAGAUUUGUUUUUUCAGCAUCGUGAUUGACAUUCUUUCGCUGCAAUGGACGAUAUGUACGGCGUGAAAGUGGAGAACCGGUACGCGUUGUUCUUCGACGAAGACGAGAACGAGAACAACGAGAACCUGGUGGAGCAAGCGGCGGCCAAGGGGAAGGCGGGGAAGGCCGCGAGCGGCGCCGCCGGCGAGAAGGGAGGGAAGGCGGCCGCAUCGGCCGGCAAGAGCCAGCAGGCGGGCGCCGGGAAGGGCCCCGCGACGGGCGGCCAAGGGGUCAGUGGCGGCAGUCAGGCCAAGAAGGCCGGGAGCGCGGCGGUGGGCGGCGCCGGCAAGGGCCCGGUGGCGGCGGGAGCGGGCGGCCCGGGACAGGGGCAGGGACAGCGCGCCGGCGGACCCGGUGGACCGCGCGUCAACAACAACAACCAGGGACAGGGCCAGGGCGGCGUCCUGCAGGACCAGCAGCGACACCCCGCCGAGCGUCAGCAGCGCGGCGAUCGUGAGCGCCAGGGAGGCGGCGGGGAACGAGCGCCUUUCGGGGGCGGUCGCAACUUUGGCGGGGAGCGGGCGGAACGCGGCAACGAAGGAGGCCAGCGCGAGGGCGGCGAACGCGGCUUCGGCAAACGCGACUUCGGCGGACCCCGCAGCGGCGGCGAAGAGCGAGGACCGCGUCCGCCGCGUGGGCCGCGUCAGGAGCGCCAGGGAGAGUUCGGUGGCAACGGCGGCUACGAUCAGCAGAACCAGGAGCGCUCCGAUCGACCGCCGCGACAGUUCGGCCGACCCGGCUACGGACGCCGCGACUACGAGCAGCAGGAGGGUGGCGAGCAGCAGGGUGAAAACGCUGCCGGUUACACUCCACGGGACACCGGCGACCAGAGUGGGCGUGUCAGCGCCGGUGAGGGCGGCGACAGCAGCCGCUCCUUCAGUCGGGGCGGCGGUCGCGGGGGUUACCGCGGCGGCUACCGAGGAGGACCGCGCGAGGACCGUUUCAGCCACGAAGGAACAGGCACUGGCCAGGCCUACGACAACCGCGGCAAGCGUCUGUACGACCGCCAUUCGGGCACCGAGAAGGCUGGCGUGAAGGCGGUGGAGAAGCGCGAAGGCGCCGGCAGUCACAACUGGGGCACGCAGCUGGACGGCUACGAGCCCAACGCGGAGGAGACCGCGGCUCCCGAGGAGCUCGAAGGCGAAGCGGAAGGCGGCGAGCAGGAGGCGUACGAGCCGAAGCGCAGCGCGGAGGAGGAGGAGGCCUACCAGCGCCAGCAGGAGGAGCGGCGCCGCGAGGAGGCGCAGAUGACGCUGGAGGAGUACCGGCGCCAGCAGGAGGCGGAGCGCAAGAGCAAGCCGCAGUACAACAUUCGCAAGCCGGGCGAGGGCGAGGACUCCUCCUGGGUCAAGAGCGCCACCGUGCUGCACGAGGCCCACAAGCACGACGCCGCCGAGGAGGAAGAGCGCGGCAAGGAGCGCGGUAACCGCGCGGAGGAGAGCAGUCUGGAGCAGGAGCUGCUCAGCGGCAUCUACUCGGGAAUGCACGUGUCGGACGCCAACACCAAGGCCUUCCGCGGCAGCAGCGAGCGCGGGGGCGCCGGACGCGGCUUCGGACGGGGCGGCGGCGGUCGCGGGCGCGGCGGUCGUGGUGGCUACGAAGGCGGCCGGGGCGGCUACGAGGGCCGCGGAGGCUACGAAGGCGGUCGCGGCGGGUACGAAGGAGGCCGCGGAGGGUACGAGGGCCGCGGGGGCUACGAGGGGGGCCGGGGCGGUUACGAGGGCGGCCGCGGAGGGUACCGCGGAGGGCGCGGCGGUCCGCAGUCGUCGGCGGCGGCGCCGCGCAUCGAGGACCCGCUGGACUUCCCGGCGCUGGGCGGCAAGGGCGCCGGCGGGGGCGGGGGCGCGGCGGCAACCAAAGAAUGAGCGAGCCUCGCCCCGUCCUGCCCCGCGGGUGGCUGUCCCUGUCCAGGGGGCUGGUGUUGUCUGUCCCGUUUGUCUGUCUGUUUCUGUCUGUUUGUCUGCAUUGCGGGGCCAGCUGUGGUUCAACUUGGUUGGCUAA